AUGCGUUUCAAACAGUCUGUCACUAUUGUAUUUUUCACAUUGCUGCUGGGGGCAGGCUUGUUAUCUUUUUUCGUUAUUCUUUCGGGCGGUCGCCGAACUGGUGUGCUUCGCGAGUUCUACUGGUUGGAAGCAGAAACAGAUGGGUUCAACGACGCUCCAAGUACUACCAGGUGGUUCAACUAUGAUUGGUGUGGGAUUGACAGCGGGCAAUUGCAGAACUGUUCGUCGACGCAAGCGGCGAAGGCGUUCUCGCCUCAAGACAACUUUGGCGAAAGUAGCACUCUUCCAAGCGCGUUCCUCAAGGAUAGAAAUACUUACUACUACCUCUCCCGCGUGGCGUGGGCCAUGCUAUUGAUAGGGCUCUUUUAUGAGGUGUGUGCGCUAGUGCCCGUGUUAAUCUCGAUAUUUUCCAGUUCGUUAAUGGCAUCAUUUUUGGCGGUCCUUUCUCUGUGGCUGGCAUGGUUUUUUGUGACACUUUCCGCUUGUCUGUAUACGGGCUGCUAUGUGAAAGCUCGAAACGUUUUUUCUGAUGGAGGUCGUCACGCUAAGCUGGGUGCUAAGAAUUUUGGUUUGAUUUGGACGUCGGUCGCACUGUUGUUGGCAUGUGCUAUUUGGUCUUCAGUGGUGGCUACGUUCUACGGAAUGAGGAGGCUAUCGCGUAAUGACCAAGAGCACCGCCACUACGGCCUGGAAUCAGGUGUCUCUUCAGAUAGUUAUGGCGGUGACAAGACCACUCUGGAGACUCGCGAUCAUGGUGCUCAGAAUGGUAGUAAAUUUAAGGUGUUUAAGCUUUGGAAGACGCGUCGUGGCCCUAACGACGCUCACAACACUUCUCUUGCUGCCGAUCCUCAAUUUACCGCAUCCGAGUACGACGACAACAGAGUCCAGAUUGAUCGCUCGGCUUAA